AUGUCCAUGUUCCAAAGUUUCCGCAAUCUCUCCCCGCGCACGCGCUUGGGUCUCGGUGUCGGGUUCAUCGCAUGGGGCACAAUCGGUCUGUACCUGUCGGAUCGUGCUGAGAAGAAGUUUGGGCUUGAGGCGACCGAGAGAGAUAGAGAGGCAUUGCCGAGGAUCACGAUUGUGGAGAGGGAGGGGAAGAGUUGA